AUGUCUGGCAAAGGAAAAGGCAAAGGCAAGGGAGCCGGAAGUACUGGCGGCAAAGGCGAGGGAAAGUCAAAGAAGAACAAAUCGAUCUCGAGAUCUGCCCGCGCCGGUCUUCAGUUCCCAGUCGGUCGAAUCCACAGACACCUCAAAUCCAAGGUACCAGCACAUGGCCGUGUAGGCGCCACAUCCUCCGUCUACUCGGCGGCGAUCCUCGAAUACCUCACCGCCGAAGUAUUGGAACUCGCCGGAAACGCCUCCAAAGAUCUCAAGGUCAAACGAAUCACGCCCAGACACUUACAGCUUGCGAUCAGAGGAGAUGAAGAAUUAGACAUGCUGAUCAAAGCCACCAUCGCUGGAGGUGGUGUGAUCCCGCACAUCCACAAGUCGCUGCUGGAGAAAUCGCGGCCGAACACCGAUGGCGUCAUGGCACCUCCCCAGCCACCCCAAUAG